AUGUUCAACGGCAAAUCACGACCUGUGCCUUCGAAGGAUGCCCUCAAAGUGCUGUAUCAGCUAGCAUAUAUCUCGUCAGGGACAGCAGCAGGAGCGGCAACACUGUUCGCUGAGGAGCAGCGGAGGAGAACACAAUAUGUGCAGAGGAUCGCGGAUAAUGCGCGGCGGGUACGGCAGAGUCCGCGGCAUUAUCUGAGCGCUGCUGUGGCAUGUCAGGAAGGGAGUGAGGAUGUAGUUGGAUCAGAGGGCGGAGUGCAAUGGGUGGAGCAGGAUGAAGAUGGGAGCGCAGAGGAGAGGCGCAGAGCCUUCACACCGCUGGGCCGGCCGUAUAAGGCGCCUGACCUGCCGUCGGUAGUUGAGAAGGGGUAUGUGCAGGUGCAGACACAUCAUGUAUCGCGGGUGGAAGCUGCAGGCAAACGGUCGUACGACCCUUCUGCACCCGUACGGCCGGGAGACAACCUGCGGACGACAAGAUCGGAGCUAUCUGCUGCUGCCGCGAGUGUAAAGGACGAUGGGAUGGCCAAGUACGGCGGGCGAAUACCUCCAAAGCACGAACUUGCGGCCCUUCCGAGGCCUGACACUGGGAAAUCAAGACUCCGAGAGCCAUACCGUGAGGCACAAGAUUACGAGACAUCAAGAGACCGGUCUUUUUCAAACAGACAAUCUCCUUCUGGCCAGAGAGAUGCUCGCGUGAAGCGGGAUACGACGCACCAACGAACGAGUCAGAAGGACCUCCGGAAAGAAGCUUUGCAAGCUGAGCUUGCGUUGCUGCCAUCUCUGGCACAAGAACAGUUCCGAUGGAUUGUCAAUCAUGGAACGAAACGUCCGAUGGCAUCGUCCCGCGAGCUCGAAGCGGCCAUCAGCAGCUGCCUUCGUAUGUGCCACGAUGCCAAGCUGGCCAUGGUCGCUCUUCGUGUGUUUCAAUCCGCUAGAGAAGCGACUUCCUCUGAUCAUUUCCGAGAGAUAUGCCAGUCGUUCUUGACUCUCUGCGAGACACACGGUUCCUACAACCUCGUUCGCCGGCUGUUUGGUGCUCGUCGAAUAAGCAAAGACUUUGAUGUGGAGCAUCUCAGCGACCAGGGGCGUGAGAUUGUUGCAUUUGCUUAUAUCCAGGUGCGUAGAAGCAAAGCUGCUUCUCGAAGCUAUGCCAUUAACCUAUAUCGAACACUACCACCGCAUUUGCGCUCACGUGUCGACAGAGCAUGGAUGAGUCUGCCGCUACUGGAUUUGUGGCGCUCAACGCAUAAUCUGGAUCAGGUUUUGAAAGAGGCGCAUGACAUGCGGGUGGAGACAGAAGCCGCCAAGGGCAGCAAGGUAGCACGACUUAUCGACACUACACUUCUGGAAAUUCUGCUCAGUGCGAACGCUCACACCGAGGCUCUGGAUUUGCUUAGCAAUAUGUACCGGGAGGUGCCAGACGAUGCCUUGGCUAUCACUGUAGCAGCCGUCUCUUUCGCUAAGAAGGGCGCAUGGGAUGCUCUGCAGCAAACACUGGCUGUAGCUAAAGACAGAGGAUCAUUCACGAUAUGCUCCGAUGCUGUACGGAGACUGAAUCAUGUUAUCCAUCUGUACACGAAGGCGCAUACGGCCGCUGAAAGUUGGAAGUUUGUUACUGGCCUCGUGGACGACCUUGGCUUCCGUCCGAACCAGGCCACAAGCGAGAUCAUGAUGCAAUGUUUCCUUGCUGAAGGAUGCAUAUGGCUCAUAACGAAGUGGCUGCGGUAUGUCCGUAUCGUUGGCGUCCGGUUCACGCUCGAUGCGCGGGUGGCAGGAAAGAUGCUGGGCAGGUUCUAUGUGCAGUACCGUCCUUCGCAUAUCGUAAUGCUCUGGUUCACACGGAAUAUCAUGCACGGUGCCCCGGCUCUGUCGGGUCCGGAACUGAUGGACCCAGUCAAGGAGGCUAUCGCGUACGAUUUCCGAAAUAUCGGUGGGCAGCAUGGACUACGGAACCGAGGAAGGUUGGAAGAGGAUGUGCGUGUCCUUGAAGGGUUGUCGGCAGAUGCCAACAGAGCACGGGAGCAGCACGAGAAGAAUGAUGCUCAGUGCGAGAAUGAUAUCGAUAUUGGAGAAAGUCCCGACUAUUGGGAUGAUGAGCUGUCAAGUAUGAUUCACCUGGACGAAACCGUAGAUUCAAGGAUCGACUCAGAUUCGAAGGCAUUGGAGCCCUCCGGCUCUUUAGAGACGAUGUCGAUGGUUCACGUUGCCCGAGAUGACCUGUUCUCGGGUCCUUCCCUCACAAGCGACGGCAUCGAGCGAGACAUGUUACUGGCCUUAUCGCUUGAAAGGUACGAUCAGGUCGUCUCAUUAUAUCGCUCGUCAUUGGACGCCAAUGGCUUACCCAUCUCUCCCUUCGCCCUGGAGGUCACGAUCCAAGCAUGUCUCAAACGCGACAGCGGCAAUACCGCACUGGCAACCGAAAUCUUACGGGAGGCGGGACAAUGUGGCAUGAACAUCACUUGCGCCAUGGGACCGAUGCUUGCAAACCAAAUGAAGCAGAUGAGGGCAACCAGCACUCGAAAAGAUAUGGCUGGUCUGAAGCAAAGCGUACUCGAGUAUUAUCAAGUAAUCGAUGGGAAUGGCUGGCCAAUAAAGCACCACGUCGGCGUCACUGCCGCUAAUCGGCUACUCAGAGCCGGGAUGCCGCACCUUGCGAUUGAAGCGCUGCAGACUAUAUUCGAGUCCGAGCAGGCUCGUAAGCGACAACCUGACAUUGUGGUAUUUACUGCCGCCCUGCGAGCAUACACCGCCAUAAGAUCAGAGAAAGGCAUUAGGGUCAUCUUCCGUAACGUCCUCGAUAGCAAUAUGCGCAUCGACCAGCGCUUUUUGCGGGUUGCGAAACUAACCCUCAGACAGUACAGAUUGGAAGUCGAGGCCGGCAACCGUAUUGAGACAAAUCUUAAUAUGCGACGCCAUUUGGUGGACUUCAUCCGGGAGUGCCAUGAUCGGAGGCAACAGCAGAUGUUCGAUGCGAAGAUCAUAGGCAGGAAACUGGUUGCAUGCCUGAUCAAACUUUCGAACGAGGCGGAGAAGCCGACCGUCCCGCUAAAUCUCCGAGCAGAUAUCGAGACAAGCAUUUUCGGGGCUGCAGAUGGUAAUGCCAAUCCUCAAUCAGUAGAAGUGAGGGCCAGUCAACCUCAGAGGCAGCGCGAUCGUUCACAGACGCGGAAGUCGGCCAUUCUACAGGCUGUACGAAGUGAUCACGGGCUGGAUCGGUACAAGUCCCGCACUAGUGCUCUGCAGCACGAUGGUCUGAAAUGGCUACGGCAGUAUCGAGCAUAUUUGCGACUUGAUCUGGUCGCACCCGGAAACAAGGUCGCAUCUUUUCGCUUUCGGGAGGUAGAGGACAACGCGAGGUUGUCCUCCUACGGUGGCGGGCCAAAGAUAGUACGAAGGUGUUUGUCGUAG